AUUAAUCUAUUUAAUUGAUUAUGCAAUGCUACUGAGAGUGGUGUGUACUGUCAAAAAAAUAUAUAUAAUUUAAAAAAAUUCUUCAUUCCUUUACGUGUGAAUAGUACUAAAACCAUUAGCAUACAUAACCAGAAUAGCAUCAGUAACUCUUCUUUUCCUGUUUUUUCUCAAAUUCUCUCAUCUCUUUUUUCCCUCUCAUUUUUUAUAUAUGUAUCUCUGGUGUAGAUUUUUUUUUUUUGGUUAGAUGCCGAAAAUAAUAAGAUAAAUAAUACAUUUUUUGUGUAUAAAAAAUCAUUACCACAGGCAAAGGUUUACGCACACAAGAAUGAAAAAAAUCGGUGAGGACCAAUUUUUUUCGACUUUAAUUCAUAAAGAGUUUUUGCUUUGCUUGUGAAACACAUGCGGUUUGUCGCAAGAAGACAUAAAAAAAAUAAAAAAUCAAGCAAUAUAAACAUUUUUUUUAUUUAUCGAAUUUUGUGUACGGAGUUGUAAAAAAAACUUUAGCUAGAUAUUAAGGAAAAAAAUCUGUUUACAAAAAAAUUACAAGACAUAAAAUUUAGAAUAAUUAAAUGAAAUUAAAACUGUGCCUUUAAAAAAAACAAAAAAAAAUAAUCAUUCGACUUACCAUCUCAAUAUUCUAAAUAUACGACUAAUGAAUUAUUUCCUGAAAAAGGAAAAUUAUCAUAUUUGAAAAUUUUAAAGAAAAAAGUGAGCUCAAAUUGAAUUUUGAAAAAUAAAUUUGAUGGCUGACAUUUCAGAUGGGUAUACAAGUGAUUCCAUAAAUCAAUUUUCUUUUCAUGGUUUUAACAGGAGAGAAUUUUUCGGUGUAAAAAGUGAAAAUUCUCUGGAAAUUCAUAAUAAAGCCAGUUUCAAUAACAUUAACAAUAAUAAUUGCAAUAUCUUUAUUGACAAUCAAAAAUCAUCGAGUGCGCUAAAAGAUUCUUAUCCACAAAAAUUCUCCAAACAUAGAACUGAAGAUUCCAUCCAAAUGACUGAUAUUAAAUUGUUUAAUAACAAAUCGGAUUAUCAAACACAUGCACAAACAAAUAUGCGCGAAGCUAAACCAUAUAAAUGCACACAAUGCACAAAAGCAUUUGCCAAUUCAAGUUAUUUGUCACAGCACACUAGAAUUCACUUAGGAAUCAAACCGUACGGUUGUGAAAUUUGUCAACGUAAAUUCACACAACUUUCACAUCUACAGCAGCACAUUCGUACUCAUACUGGUGAUAAGCCCUAUAAAUGCCGUAACCCAGGAUGUGUUAAGGCUUUCUCACAACUUUCAAAUCUUCAAUCUCAUUCGAGAAGUCAUCAAACUGAUAAACCAUUUAAAUGCAAUUCAUGCUACAAGUGUUUUAAUGAUGAGACAACUCUUCUUCAACAUAUUCCAAAACAUAAGGAAUCAAAGCACUUAAAAACUCACAUUUGUCAAUAUUGUGGAAAAUCAUAUACGCAAGAGACUUACUUACAAAAACAUUUACAAAAGCAUUUAGAACGGGCUGAAAAAAGAAAUUCUGGAGUACAACCAGGAUUAGGAUUACGUAAUUCAAAUGGAACAGAACAUUCAUCUUAUUCCGUAUGGCCUGUUAAAACAAACAAUGAAAAUCCCAUUGUAAUACCUGAAUCAUUACAACAUUCAACUAACCAUCAUUAUGAGUUCGUACUUAAUCAUAAUGAUCAACAGCAUCAUUCUCGUAAUUCAAUUGAUGUUCUUCAACGAAAUGAUAGUGGUAAUGAUGUUAAAGAUUUAACAAAUUCGCAAACAAAUCAUCAUUUACCAGUGUCAUCAUCUUCAUCUUCCGAUGAUAUAAUGUUAAGCUCGACCAAUACUACUACGAAAAUAAGUAACAAUUCCGCGUUCACACCAAUAAAUGUAAUUAAUCCACAUUUGAAUUCUUUGCAACAUCACCAAAUAUCACAGCGCCCAAUCUAUUACGAUGCCAUAGCAAUUCAAAAUAAAAAUAUUUCGCAAAAUACAGUAAAUUUUCCCAAUCAAUUAAUAUCUUUACAUCAAAUUAGAAAUUAUAUGCAUCAUCAGCCUGGCGGUUUAGUCAAUAGUGAUCAUCUCAUUAGUAUAGGCACUGCAAUUUCAAAAGAUAAAGGACAAUAAAAUCCAAAUAAUUACAAUUAAAAUAAUAUCAAUAUCAUAAUUAAGGAACGAGUAAGUGACAACUAAAGAUGCUCAAAAGCAUUACAAAAAUAAAAGACAAAAUUGAAUAAGAUAAGAUAGUUAAAAUGGUGUAGAGUUUGCAGUCAAUUUAAACGCAUUUUUGUCAUGUUAAUUAGGACACUUGGCGAUUUCUUGCUGUGUUUCUGCUGUCAAUUAUUAAGUACUUUACAUAAAUUAACUAAUAAUUUGAACAAAAUAAUAGUCAACAUCCUGUUACGUACGACAUAACUGAAAUAUUUUCGAUAGGCAUAGCAUAAGUUCAAGCAGACAGAAUGAUCAAAAAGACAAAUUUGUGUGACGAAAAUGCGUUUAAAUUCAUGCGUGAAGUGAUCAGAAACAAAUUGAUGAUCUCAAAGUAAAUGAAUAUUAUCAAGGAUUGAAAAUAAAGCUAAUGGUGGAUGUAAAUAUGUAAUUAACAUUUUAAAUUAUAGUUAACAAGAACUGCAAAAGAUCUACAAUACAUUUCUCUUUCCUCAAAUUAGUUGGCACUUGCAAUAAAUCUUACUGGGAAUUAUGGAGUUAAAUUAUUCAAAAAGGAAUCAAUUUUGUGUCCCACAAGACAUAAAACCUCGAAACAUUCAAUACGUAUUUAGUUUAAAAAAAAUAUGAGCCAUUUUUAAUUAGCUAUUUGGGUGAUUAUAUAAUUUUAAGAUCUCAAAUGAAAGCAGAAUGCAUUAAAAUUUUUGUCACAUAUCUUGUUAAACGUACUUAAUUGUAAUAUGAAUAUGAUGCUGAUAAAUUUUGGUUGCAGUGAUUUUUAGACUUACUAAUAUUUAUAAACUAUUGCUUGAAAAAGGUACAAGUUUUUGAAGAAAAAAAAAUCUAGUUUUGUUACCUGAGAUAAUUUUGAUUAGUUUAAAUGUGCCGAAAUUACCAAGUAAAAUAUUUUUUUAAGAUUAAAAUCGACUCAUAACUUAACAGUUCUUUUUUGGAUUUAAAGAAGUCUGAUUUUCUUAUUUAUUUAUAUAAUAAUUAUGGUCCGCACAUGUUUGGAAAUGUCAGAACAUAAAAAAUAAUAAAUUUUGCAAGUUUUAAAAUUAUUAAUUGGCACUUGAAUAUUAUUCUGAAGAUUCGUUGAACCCUUCAUUAUAUAAAAUUAAUUUGUACUACUGUAAAACAAAAUUUGUACUCAAAUUUAAAGUUAAGGCGUCAACACUCAGGAUUAAUCUUUAAAAUCCCAAAAAAAUCUAAAAGUGAUGGAUAUCCUAAAAUUUUGAAUAGCUACAAAAUCUUUAUCACAAAAAGGAUUUAUUUUGCAAAUUUUAUGAUUUAUAGAAUUGAAACUAUCAGGGACAUGAGCAGAAAUUAAUAGGUGCCAUAAAUGAAAAAAAAACCGAAAUAAGCAAAAAGAUAAUAUAAUCAGGCUUUUGAACUCGGUCGUUACAUUUGGUAUGAAAUUUUAUUUUCAGGUGAGAGGCUCCUCCUUUCUGGUUAUGUCCCUGAAUCUUGAGUGAUAAUGCCUUGAAUAAAACCGAAUCCUAUUUUAAAAAUUUCUAGGCCUUCAAAAUUUACAAAGUAAAUUUUAUAAUCGUUAAAUUUCGAUCAAACCUUCACAGCACUACUUGUUGAAAAGCAUAAAAACCAGUGAUCUGAAAAAGAUCAUAAAAGCUCAAAUAAAUUUAAGUUAAAUAAAAUUAAUCUUUACUCGUUUAAAUUAAUUUUUGAGUUUAAUUUCAAUUUUCUUUAAAGAUUUAAAAUGAAUCAAAAAGUUGGAAAAUGACAAAAAUUAGAAAUAUGAAGUCUCAGAAUAAGCAAUAUGCAAAAUUCAAACGGCAGUAAAUUAUAUCAGUAGUCACACAAUUGCCGCUUAACUGCAUUAAAUUUAACUCUUCGUUUUGUUCGAAUACCUGUACAAAUAUUGAGAUAAUUCUUUGAUAUGUCAAUUUUAUGUAUAAAAUUUAAUUUUUCUAUAUUUUUUGUGUAGCUAUCAUUAAGUUCUGUUAAUGUAAUUGGAUAUCUGUAAAUAAUUUUUGUUAAUAUACUCGAAAUAAAGAAAUCAAAUUGAACUUUAA